AUGAGUGAAUCAGAACAGAAACCACAGGCCGAGGAGGUGAGCGAGUCCCAGUGGCCUGAGAACGGAGCCGAGUGGAGCGAUGCAGAGGAGGAGACCCACAUGGACUGUGGUCUGCUGCAGGCCAUGGCCGAGGAGGACGAGGACAUCAACGUCCACAACGAGGAGACGUUUGGAGCCGAUCUCGAUGCCAAUGAGUCUCCAGAGGAUCCGGGCGGGAGUCUCCUUUCGUUUGGAGAGCUGCCGCCGCCUCCCCCGCCAUCGCCACCACUACCGGACCCCUCCCCUCCGUCUCACCGCAGCUCCCCCUCCCCUCCCAGACAGAAGACACAGGACCUGCCCCGGGGCCCCACCCGGCAGUGCAGCAGAGGCAGGGGAUACAGGGGCGGCCUGAACAGGGGACAGAUGUUUGAGGAUCCAGCUGUGAUGAGGACAGUGGAGGGACGACCCAAUGUCAAGACUCUUGACAGUGCCAUCGUGGACUGUGGGGACACCAUGUGCCAGGAAAUCUGUGAGGACGACUGGAUGGCGCCGUCUUACAGAAAAAACAGGCGGAUCUCGGGUUCGCUACUUCAGGACCAUGCUAUAGUUUGUGUGAUUGAUGGUCACAGAGGCGGAGGUCAGCACCUGACCGCCGACCUCCUGGAUUUGCCAUAUGCUGUCAGGAGAGGGGAACCCACAAGUCCCUACUGCAGGAGACAGUUUGGUGAAAGAGGCCCGUCGCAGAUGCAUUCACCGCUGUUGCCAGGGUCGCCCAUCUUCUCACGUCAGCCUCUGACCCCGCGGCAGCUUUACAAUCAGACGGGGAGGUUCAUGUUUCCCUUCAGCCGCCCGUGUCCGUCCACUCCUCAGUCUCUGACUCCUAAGAUGAUGCAACUUCGCUUUGGUGCCAACUCCCCGAGACCGUCCCCCUUUUACAGCCCCUCGUCCAAUCCGGUGCAGCAUUUCAGGUACCCAGGUCCCGUCACUCAGCUCCACCCACAGCACAAACGACUACUCAGUCAAAAACAACGUGGGUUCCAAAGAAAGAUGGACGGCUGGGAUCCUUACUGUAAUCUCAUGACGAUCAAGGAGAGGGAGUGGAUCACCAGGCUGCAGAUGAUUCAGCUGCAAAGUGAGAAUCCAUAUCUCGAGGAUUAUUACUACCAGGAGUACUAUCGACGGAUAGAAGCUAAGAUGGCCGAGGAGGAGCUCGGCAUCAGGAGCAAGAGGGAGCCGCCCAAGCUCACCACACCGUACAUCACCAAGACGGAAUGCUACGCACCAGUUGUGCACAUCGAAGGCUCUUUGGGUCAAGUGGCUGUCUCCACGUGUUACUCCCCCCGUCGAGCCAUCAGUGCAGUUAAUGCCGUCCAGGCUCAGGGUCCACUGGAGGAGCAGAAAGACUUAAGACAGCAGCGGUUAGAGGUCCUCUGCAAAAUAGAGAAGUUGUUCGUGGCUCUGUUAGAGGUGGAGGAGACGGAGAGAGUAAAAACCCCCGUCCUGUCCGAAGCAGAGGAGAGAAUGCUGGUGGAGAAAACCCAGCUCAAGGUGCAGCACAUCUACUCCCAGCUGCAGAACCACUACCCUGCAGAUUCAGGAGGGGAGUUUCUUCCUUUCCUGCAAGUCUCAAAAGGCAAAAAGCUUCUCUCCCGUCUGAUUCCGUUCCUGAAGCACGAUCCUGCCCUGAAGAUCCUGCGUAUCGUGACGUCGAACCUGCCAACGCUGAUGAGCAAAGACACAGAAGAGGCUCUUCCAGUUCUUUACCCUCCCCUUCGAAAUGUGAUCGGAGCUCUGACGUUCAGUCAGCUCAUUAGAGUCCUGAAGGAUCUGACGUCCUCGGAGGCUCUGUCCACUUACGAGUGUCUCACGCUGGCCUGUCAGAACAAGUUCGGCCUGUCGUUGCUGUACGCUCUCCUCUCCCAAGGGGAGAAGCUGCUGUCCUCAGGCGUUCCUCUGGAGCCCAGCAUCGGGGACUUUGAGACCUGGACCGACACAAUAUUCCAGGUGGCGGGGCAGCUGUCCCAGUGUUCGCUGGUGGAGCCGCUCAUUCUGCCCUCGAACCUGCUCACACUCUUCUGCCGUUACCUGGACAAGCGCACCGUGCAUCAGCUGAAAAGCAACAUGGAGUCUGUGACUGGAUUCCUGGCUCUUCCAUCAUAA